UAAAGAUUUUAUUUUAACAUUUUUAUGCAAUUUAUAUAAUUAAGAUAUUUUAAUUUAAUUGCAUAUUAUUCCCAAACAGUAAAACCUGCAAAGACAGACGUUGAAUAGAGCAUUAUUAUUCAUUUUUAAAUUCAGAAAGAUAACAAAUUACACAUAAAGUUUAUAAUAUCUAUUGAUGUUAUAAUGAAUCGUUAAAAUAUGACUAAACAUAGAAUAACAGCAGAUUGCUAACAGAUAUCAGGCUUUACAGCUCCUAUUCGAUUUCUGCUACCAAUCUGCUGACAUAAAAUCAACAAGCUCUGUUAACAGAUAUUCGGCAACCUGAUCUAACAUUAUUUUUCUCCUAGAAAAAUGAUCAUGAAUUGUAUGUAGUAAUAAUAUCAAUAAAAAUAUUGAAGAACUACAUAUAUUUCAUCUUUAACUACUUUGUUCUCUAUAUUAUCUUGACAAAAAGAAAAUAAGUUAUAAUUUACAAAAUUAAUGUUUUCCAUUAAAAAUCAGAAAUAUGAGAAAACUUAAAUAUUAUAAAAUAUUCAAAAAAUGAAUUUAUUAAUGAAAAAAAUUGCUGUAUAUAUGAUAAAAGAAUUAAUAAAACUCCUUCCUUUUCCAAAAAGAUUCCUGGAUAGGCCAACAUAAAAGUACAAUUAAAUGUCAUCUACACGGAAAGAAUAAUUUUGCUAAAAUACGGAUCUGAAAAUAAUUAUGUUGAACCAUUUAAAAAUUGUAUCGAAACUUGGCUGCUAGAACGUCAAAACUGUUUGUAGCACCGUUAUCACACUUGGACGUCCUGCCUCCCAAUUAUUUUGAUCACUCAAUAUAAAUUAUUUUCUGAUCUGUAUAUCUAGCUAAAUUUUUAGAUACUGCAAUAAAAGUAUUCUUUCGUUUAAUUCAUUAAGAAAAUGAGCUAACGUCUAUGUUCGUCAAAUAAUAUCAAUCUGUAAAGUGGAGAGAAACGAGAACAAUGGAAACUUUAUUAACUAAUGUGUUAAUUUACUUUACAUUCAUUGUCAGAGAGAUCCAACUCAACGACUAAUAAAUGAAGAAAGUUUCUAACUCUAUGUAAUUAGAAAUUUACAGCCCUGUUUCGCAUUAAUGUUUUUAAAGACCAUUUUAUAAUUGUAAACGUAUAGUUGUGAUUGUAAAGCGCGGUUGUGAACUGGAUGUAAGUCGUUUAUAAAAACGCGUUUCAAUUCUCAUUUUGUCAUACAAAAUAGCAACAAUAAUGUCGUUAAUCGUUAAGAAAGAGCGACAAAUAUUUGCGAGCUAUUUGUUUUUAAAAUUUUCUCAUUUUAUUAUUUAAUUUAUUAGCAUUUUUUUAUUUCUAUCGUUCUGUAUUAACAGAGCUUUGCAGAUAAGAGAGAACAGGAUACGCCACAAAAAUGGAUAACUGCGGACGUUGCAUAAAAUAUCUUCUGCUCGCCAUAAAUCUCGUCACCCUCAUUGUCGCAACUAUCGUAACGAUUGCAAGCGUGUGGGGUCUGGUUGGUCAGUCAUCAUGGUUAAAAAAAAUAGAGAACAUUGGAUUAGGUAUUGUAUUUUACGUUCUGCUGAUUGCCGGAAUCAUUGUGAUGUGUAUCGCCAUCUUCGGAAUCGUUGCUGCCUUGCGGGAAGUCAAGUGUAUGCUCAAAACAUACGCUGUAUUCAUGUUUCUAAUGUUUGUGGGUGAGAUAAUUCACGACGUUAAACGACAACACAGUUCCAAUAAGAAAGGUAUAAAGUUGUUAGAGGAAGAGAUGGAAAAUUCGCUGCAAUUUUACAAUGAUGAUAAUAUUAUUCGCAACUUCUGGGACGUCACGCAAUCGACGUACCAGUGUUGCGGCGUUGAUAACUGGAAGGACUGGGAAACACAUGGUUUUGAAGUACCAAACAGCUGUUGUAAAUCUGAUCAGCUGUUGGAUUGCAACGCCGAUCAGUACACCAAAAAUAUUUCCAAACUUUACGCAGAGGGUUGCAUAAACAAAAUAACAAGCCUCAUACAACAUUUGACUAACAUUAUAAAUGGUUUUACAAUAACACUCUUAUGUCUCUUGUUCUUGGGAAUGGUACUCUCUUUUGCGCUUCUAUACGCUUUAUAAGAAGAAAUAACAAGAUAACAAAAUAUAGGAUAAAUCUGUUCCUAAUAAAAAGGAUCCAAAAAGUAGUGGGUCUCCACAGUCUUUAGAGAAUUCGAGCAACUUCACCAAUUAAUAAAAUUACUUGUUGCUAUAAACGCGGUUUAUCACAUUGUGAUAAUUAAGAAGAAAAACAGAUUUCUAUUCGGUUGUUUCAACUUUCGCUAAUUUAUAACGCACAUAGUAUUACGCAUUAUAAUAAUCUUUACAUUUUAAUGUAACAUAUAUUCUUAUAACAUUUUAAUUUAAUUGCAUAUUACAUCAUUCCCGAAUAGCAAAACCUGCAGAGAUAGAUCUUCAGCAGAGCAUGCUAAUGAUUUUUAAUAGCAGAAAUUCAACAAAUUACACAUAAAAUCUUUUGAUGUUGGCAAUACGAACAUUAAAAUAUGACUAACUAUAUAUAGAAUACCAGCAGAUUGCUAGCAAUAUUAAUCAAAAUUAGCAGCUCCUACUCAACUUCUACCACCAAUCUGCUAAUAUGAGAUCAGAAGGGUUUGUUAGCAGAUCUCCGCACACUGAUCUAACAGAUGACUAUAAAUUUACAAUCAAAAUAUUAUUGAAUGUAAUGUCAACCUAUUAAUAAAGUGCUAUUUUCCUAUCUGGUACUGCUGGACCAAUAUGUUCGUGUAUCAUAUACAUAUUUUACAUUUUGUACCAUAAUAAAUAUAAUAUGUGCACAUAUAAAAAUGUGCGUACAACCAUUUCAUUAAUUACUUGCUCUGAAUCAUCGAUCAAGCUAAACCGUUAUAAGUUUUUUUAAGAUAAAAAGUACUUUUUACUAUUUAUUUGCUUAUAAUACUA